AUGCGUAUACGUGGGAAAUUUUACGCGCGUAAGCGUAUACGCUACGCGCGGAGCACUAGUCGAUCGUCAAGUCCCGACGACCAAUCUGCGAGUAGCUCUGCACCUCUACAUCCCACUCCAGACCAUGGCUUUCUGUACAUCGGAUUUUUUUCCUUGUCGUUCCUUGCUUGCAUCUAUACCACAUCGGUGCCAAAUUCCGCAUCCGCAAAUGCAUACGCACAGCAAGGGAGUCCGCAGCUGACCGUACAUGAAGAGGCCACAAUCCGAUUCCUGAGUAUGUAA